GCUCUAGGGCCGCGUUCUCUGACAAAAUGCCUGCUUUCUGUAGCCACUAUGGUCUGGAAGAUAUUGCCGAGCUAUCUCGACGCGACGAUCUAGGCGAAGAUACACCCGUACUCCGCGCAACAUCCGACGCCCGUACGGCGGGGUACGACGCGGUCUGCGUCCCGCUCACGAACGAAAAAUGGAAGGCGCGGUGGACGGAGCUCUGCAUCCUCGAUCCGGAGGAGUCGCCCGACAAGCUGGUGCUUGAGCAGCGUGCGGAGGCAUGGAGGUCCAAGCCUGCGUUCUUCCGCGACGAGGUCACGAUCUCGCGCCUCGAGGAGGCGGAGACUCUGAUCCCGCUCAUCUCGGAUUGGCUGGAGCUCGACACGUCGGACGACUGGGUCCGCCAUGAUGCCGAAAUCGCUCUGCAACAAGAGCUAGCGUUCGCGUCGUAUCUGAACGCGCAAUGUGCAAUCCUCCCUCCGCCGAGCAACCGCACGCAAGUCGGUUCAUACGCACGGGCAAUCAACGCGUGUUUGGCCAGCAUCCCAUACAUGGAACUCUCUGUGCGGAUCCCCAUCUAUGAUCCGGCCACCGUUCUUCCUGCGCCGUCGCGCUCUCCGUCGCCAGUGGAGUCCGCACCUCCCUCUUCCGCGACUGGGGGCACACCCCCAGAAUCCAAUAUGACGACAUGGGAGAUGUGGGACACUAUCCGGACGAUCUGCGGGUACAACCCCCGACUUACUUUGGCGCUCGAUCUUACGCCGCCUUUACCACUAUCGUCCUCCGUGCUUGACCAGUGGUUGGCCGAGCCUGUUAGGCAUAUUUGGCUACCUGCAUCGGCGUUUAUCGCCAACGCGAAGGGUUACCCUGUAUUGACGAAAGGAUCGCAAUCCUUCAUUCGGGAUAUCGUGAAGCUCCAACCCAACAUCAUCCUUUCUGGGACAAGAGCGAAAAAGCACACCCGUGGAGGCGAGCCGGCGUACGCUCAGUACGUGCGACACUUGGAGAAAACGAGCCCCGCUGUGAAGGCGGCACAGACGGCGGGUACGGUCGAAAAUUUCGCUCUAGGGUACCAAGACUAUUUGCAAGCACCGCUGCAGCCGCUCAUGGAUAAUCUGCAAAGUAUCACGUACCAGACCUUCGAGCAAGACCCGGUGAAAUAUCGCAACUACGAGGAGGCGAUAUUCUUUGCAUUAUCGGAGUGGCCCACUCCAGGCAAGGUGACCCUAUGUGUGGCCGGUGCCGGCCGUGGGCCCCUCGUCGCGCGGGCCCUGAAAGCGAUCGAGCGAUCGAAACGCGAGGCCUUCGUAUAUGCAGUGGAGAAGAACCCGAACGCCUACGUAACCCUCCAGGAACGCCAUCGUGAAGAAUGGGGCGACGAAAAGGUCAAGCUCCUGUUCGGCGAUAUGCGGACGCUCGAGGUCCCGGAGAAGGUGGACAUCCUGAUCAGCGAGCUGCUUGGCUCCUUCGGAGACAACGAGCUCAGCCCGGAGUGUUUGGACGGUGCUUCGCGGUUCCUAAAACCGGACGGCAUCUCCAUACCCUCAUCCUACACCGCAUACAUCGCGCCAUUAUCCUCGUCCAAACUCUACAACGAAACAAGAGCGACGAAGGACCCGAAGUCAUUGGAGACCCCCUACGUCGUCAUGCUCCAUGCGAUCAACAUCCUGAGUGACAACGGAGGUGGGAUCAGCGGAACUUGCGGUCCGCAGAUACAGGAAUGCUGGGAUUUCGAGCACCCGAGGAAAGACGCUGCGCUGACGGAGCAAGGGCUUCCGCUGACCAACAGUCAUAACACCCGCUCUGCCAAGCUUACCUUCCACAUACCGAACGCGGGAGUGUUGCAUGGCUUCGCAGGGUACUUCGAGGCCGUGCUUUAUGGCCACGUUGGUUUGAGCAUACACCCGGACCGCAUGGCCCAGAUCUCGAAGGACAUGCUGAGCUGGUUCCCGCUGUUCAUCCCGUUGAAGGAUCCGUUGUACCUUCCCGCCGACUCGGAGCUGACGGUCUCGCUAUGGCGGCUAACCGACGUGCGCAAAGUGUGGUACGAAUGGUACGCGGAGGCGUUCCUCCCCGUACCAAGCUCCUCCGUGCACUCGCCCAUCUGGCGAGACACGUUGUCGCCGAUGAGCCCGUCGGCGGAGCACACCAGCUUCCUCAGCCCGGUCGUCUCGACCCCGACCUUCGUGUCGAGUCCGCUGCUCGACGUCCCGCAGCUCACGCUGGAGCUGCCUCCUCAACAUUUGGACAAGACCAGGGAGGGCGUGAGCUUGGUGAAGAUCAGCCAGACGGCGCUCCACAAUCCUGGCGGCCAGAGCAGCUGGAUUGGACUGUAACUCGCAGGUGUCUGGGACCGGUGGGUACGGCGGCUGUAUCUCAUGUAGCGUUGGCUUUCUGGCGAUCUUGUCGCUCUGUUGUCUUGUCUAUCAACAUCUGCAGACAUAGCAAUAUGCAUGUCCAUGCUUUCUCUC